AUGGCAGAGAAGGAAAAGCCUGCUGUCCUGUUCACACCACCACAUCAUUCAAACUUGCAACCGAUUGAGACUGUGUGGGCUGCUGUGAAGGGUGAAGUUGGACGACAAUAUACAGCAGAGACUACGUUUCAGCAGGUGCGCGACCGUUUAGUGACAGUUUUCGGAGUCUUUAGAUCUGCAGUCGUUGCAGGCUGCAUCCGCAAAGCUGACAAGAACCUAGAGACGCUGUUUAAACAGGUAUAUCGGAUAGAGCAGGACGAGGAAUAUAGUGAUGAUUCCGGCACUGACAGCGAAAGUAGCUCAGAUGGCCAACUUAAACACUAA